AUGGGAAGAGUUAUCAGGAACCAGCGUAAGGGUUCGUCGACCAUCUUCAAGGCGAUCACCCGAUUGAACAAGGCCCCCGCCAAGUUCAGGACCCUCGACUACUCCGAGCGACAUGGAUACAUCCGAGGUGUCGUGAAGCAGAUCGUCCACGACGCCGGCCGUGGCGCUCCCCUGGCCAAGGUUGUCUUCCGCGACCCCUACAAGUUCAAGCUGCACACCGAGACCUUCAUUGCCAACGAGGGCAUGUACACCGGCCAGUUCAUCUACGCAGGCAAGAACGCCGCCCUGACCGUCGGCAACGUCCUGCCCCUGGGCUCCAUGCCUGAGGGUACCGUCGUUUCCAAUGUCGAGGAGAAGAUUGGCGACCGUGGCUCCCUGGGCCGUACCUCCGGCAACUACAUCACCAUCAUCGGCCACAACCCCGACGAGGGCAAGACCCGUAUCAAGCUGCCCUCCGGUGCCAAGAAGAUUGUCCACAGCACCUCCCGUGGCAUGAUCGGAAUCGUUGCUGGCGGUGGCCGAACGGACAAGCCUCUCCUGAAGGCUUCUCGCGCCAAGCACAAGUUCGCCGUCAAGCGCAACUCCUGGCCCAAGACUCGUGGUGUGGCCAUGAACCCCGUGGACCACCCUCACGGUGGUGGUAACCACCAACAUAUCGGAAAAGCCUCCACCAUCAACCGUUACGCUGUCUCUGGUCAAAAGGCGGGUCUCAUCGCUGCCAGACGGACUGGUCUGCUGCGGGGUACCCAGAAGACGAAGGACUAA